CCGCGCUCCAGUUCGUCCGCGACACGACGUGCGCGUAGUCUGCCGUCUUCUACGCAUGUCCGUCGCGCUCGUGUUUUUUUUUUUGUUGUUUUCUGAUAUUUUUGUCUCAAUUAUAAUAACAAAAUCCUAUAACGUUUUUUUUUCAUUUCGUUUUUCUUUUUUUUCCCUUGCUAUUGAUGGAAAACGGUGAUUAUAUUGCUAUCACAACGAUACAUAAUAUUAUCUUUAUCACAGUACAUUUAUCAUCUUUUUUCACGUCGAUAUCGAAACGGGAAAAUCGUUUUGACGACGUUUAUUAAUUCUCAUCAUAACAUUGUGAUCGGUCCGAAUUCGGUUUCUAGUGUUUCUCUUUCUAUAGAGUGAUUACUUAAUACUUCCACACGUCUGAAGAAGAUAACGCGCGUUUUUUAGCAAUAAAAUAAAAUAUUAACAGUUUUUUUUUUCAAAAAUAAAAGUGUUCUUGUUUUUAUCAAGUGUACCAAGGAUUAUCAUGCCGGUGAUAACAUGAUGCGGGAUUUGGACGCAUCCAGCCCAGUCGUUUGGCCUCCAUGGUGUUAUUCAGUGGACAUCAAAAGAGACAUCGACUUGUUUGGUUUGUCUAAGAGCCGACGUUCGGGGGUCGGUAUGCAGAUUGAGCACUCAGUGAAUAACAACAAUACAACCAGUGCCAACAACAAUAGAGUGGCGACCGCGGCCGACGUGAAGACGGAACGCCUGAGCCCGGUGGCUGCGACGGGCGGUGACUCGGCAUCGUCGCGUAGCGGCACGCCGUCUUCGUCGUGCUACCCAGGUACGCCACCCGGUGUCGCAGCCGCGGCGGACCGCGUGUCCAGUCCUGCGCCCAACCGAAACUGCAGCGACCUCAUUCGAAGUCUGGCCGCCAAGUACCAGAAUGCCAACCCUAGCGAGUACAUGCCUUCGCGGAACGGUUUAAACUUGGGCAUACUAUCAGCUGCGACCGCUGCUGCAGCGGCGGCGGCUGCCGCGGCCGCGUCGACCAAAGACAACGGCUGCGACGGAAGUCUGCUGAACCCGGGAUUUCCGUUUGCGACACCCAACAUACCUGGGACCAACGUGCCUAUGUUCCCGCCCAUGAUGGACAUGUCGUCCACGCAGGCGCUACUGUCCAUGGUCCGGUCAUCACAGUUUGACGCGUACAUGAGCGGCAAGACCGGCGGUGGUACCAAGCGGCCUUGCUCUACCUCGUCGUCGUCGUCCAAUCCGCUGCACCCGCAGAACAUCGGAUCGGUGGCUGCGACCUCGGCGUCCGAACAGAACCCGCUUGACCUGUCAUCGUCGUCGAGUCCGUGUAAAAAACCUCGCAAAGGCCAUCUUCCUGCGACUGGCCACUGGGAAAGUGCCGCGGYGGCCGCCGGAUCGUUCGCCGAAACGUUCCUCAACAUACCAGCUUUCGGCCUAGCCCUGCAAAAGUCCCGAGAAAAGGUCGCCCUGACAUGCAAUGGAGUAGGCGGCAACAACAAGCGGCUGGGCAGCGUGUCUCCGAAACCGUUAAAGGCGCCGUCGAAACAGUCGCCGUGCCAUCAGGCCGCUCCUAGCCGAGUGUUACCUUGCGCCUCGACCUGUUCCGCUCCGUUGACCACUUCUGCGGCUACCACCGAUAAACACACCUGCCCAAAUGCGGCCGACAAGUCAACCGUGUCUUCGUGGACGGUGGAUGACGUGUGUGAUUUCGUUGGCACCAUCGACUUGUGCGCUGAGUACUCACAGUGUUUCCGGGAGCAGUCGAUCGACGGGACAGCGUUACCACUGCUCAGCGAGGAUCACCUGACCGGCACCAUGAACAUGAAGCUGGGACCAGCGCUCAAAUUCCGGGCCGUGCUGGCUCAGAAGUUAGGAAACUGCGCGGUGUGCAUGCACUGUGCCCACUGUCACGGAGCCCAGUCACACGGUGCCGGCCGAAACAGCCCCGGCCCCGGCGGCAACAACAACAACAACAACAACAACAACAACAACAAUAAUUCGUCGUCCGCACAGUGCUAAGCAGUACCGUUCGCGCCGAUGGCUAAGUCCGUCCACAUUACACGUAUACAGGGAGUUCAAAGUGUUUAGAAACGGAUAUACAUGGACGCCCUGUAUGAUCGGUAAUAUUAUUACCGUCAAGCGUCUAAACUUAAUGUAUAUUACAAACAUUUAUAUGGUGACCGCGCAAAUCGCCGUUCGCUUUACAAAAACACAAAACUUAGUUCAUUAAAUCAUAAUAAUAUGGUAAAUGAUACCAAUCGUAUUUGUGUCUAUUGUGUCGAAUUGGCUUAAAACAAAAAAAAAAAUACAUUAUUAUUUUUUAUUAUUUAAAUCAUGGUAAAUUCAAAAAGUCACAGAUUUCGCUGUUUCCCUGACUUGUUUUUCUCGCGGUGGAUUUAUCAGUAUUUUUACGCAUAGGUAUUUAUUUAAUAGUUUGCAUGGUCGGAGAGCUGAUGGUCAUUUUUAUUUUUAUUAUUCUUUGAGCUUUUGUUAUUAUUUUCUCUAUUGUUUUACCUAAAUAUUCUAUAACGCGAUUUUUGUCUAUAUAUAAUUAUUAAAACAUCUGUAAUUAUAGUUAGUUUAGUUUAAAAUCUAUUGUAUAAUUGUAAAAUAUAUGAAAUAUCAUAGUUUUCUGUUGAUUAUUAUUAUUAUUAUUAUUAUUUUUUUUUUUUUAACGGUUCUCGAAAUUAGUUUAUUACGGAUUGGCCUAAAUGGUUAAAUGUUAUAACUUUUAAUGUAAUAUGAAAUAGUAUGAAUAAAAU